AUGGAAAAUAGAGUAACGGAUUCCCUUAGCAGGAAGCAGCAAUUGCUUACUACUCUUACUGUGGAGGUUACCGCCUUCACUAAAAUUAAAAAGCAGUACCAAAAUGAUCCUAAUUUUGGUCAGCCUUUCGAGCACCUAUCCAUUAGAGUGUCACCCACAUCGGCCAAGUUCACUCUUGUCGACAGGUACCUCUUCUACAACAACCGGUUAUUCUUGCCCAGGACCUCCAUUUGGGAAUUUGUCAUAAUUGAGCUUCAUGCUGGAGGUAUAGCAGGUCAUUUGGGCAGGGACAAGACAAUUCACUUGGUGGAGGAUUGGUUUUAUUGGCUAGGACUGAGGCGUGAUGUCAACACUGUGGUGUAA